AUGUUGCACCGUGUAUCAUUCAACGCUCAACGUAUUGCCUCAAGCAAUGUUGGCUCGAUCAGAAACUACUUGGGAUACACCUCAGGUCUCGACAAGAGAAAGGUCACAGUGAUCCCUGGUGAUGGUAUCGGCCCAGAGAUCACCUCGUCGGUGAUGGGCGUGUUCCAAGCAGCCAAGGUGCCCAUUGAGUGGGAGGUGUUUGAUGUCUCUGGCGGCCAGCCCAUCUCUCAGGAGCUGAUCGCCUCGAUCUCCAGAAACAAGGUGGCUCUCAAGGGUCCACUGUACACUACCAUCCUCUCUGGCUCGCAGUCGCGUAACAUGGAGAUGCGUAAGGCUCUCGACCUGUACGCACACGUCAUCCCAUGCAAGAAGAUCGACGGAGUCAACGUGCGCCACAGCGACGUCCCCGUCGACCUGGUCGUCAUUCGUGAGAACACCCAGGGUGAGUACUCUGGACUCGAGCAGACCCUGGUUCCAGGUGUCGUCCAAUCACUCAAGAUUAUCACCAAGGAGGCUUCCACCCGUAUUGCCCGUUAUGCCUUUGAGUACGCCAAGGCUGAGGGAAGAAAGAAGGUCACUGCCAUUCACAAGGCUAACAUUCAAAAGAUGACAGACGGAUUGUUUUUGGAGACUUGCAAGCAGGUUGCCAAGGAAUACCCAGAGAUUGCAUUCGAUCACAUGAUCAUUGAUAACUGCUGCAUGCAGUUGGUGAUGAAGCCAGAGCAGUUUGAUGUGAUGGUCACACCAAACCUCUACGGAAACUUGGUCACCAACGUCGGUGCCGCCCUGAUCGGUGGUCCAGGUCUGGCCGCCGGUGCCAACGUCGGUGAGCGUGCCGCCAUCUUUGAGAUGGGUGCCCACCACGUCGCCGCCGACAUUGCCGGCCAAGACAAGGCCAACCCAACCGGUCUGCUCCUGGCCUCCGCCAUGAUGUUGAAGCACAUGAAGAUGGACGAGCAUGCCACCAAGGUUGAGAACGCCGUGCGCAAGGUCAUCGCCGACCGCAAGGUGUUGACUCUCGACAUGGGAGGCUCUGCUUCCACCAAAGAAUUCACUAAUGCCGUCAUCAAUGAGAUCAAUAACUAA